GGCGGAGGAGCUGGAUGUUGUUGAUAUUGAGGGUGAUGAAUCUGAGUUGAAUUUGAGCCUGAAAUGUAUUUCAGAGACCCUGAUGCUGGAUCUGCUAGAUUCUUGCAAGACCAGUAUUUACAGUCAUCAUGGAGGACAGACAGUGGGUUGAUACCCUGGGCCUUGGACAGCUCCAUCAGUGCUGAGAAUAGAGCAGCUAUUGAGAACAUGCUGCUUGAAGAGGAAUAUUAUCUAACAGGUAAGGAGCUUCCCAAGAACACCUGGACUGGUGACAAGCAAAUGACCGAAAAAGUAAAGAAGUCUCCAAUUAAAUCGGGUACUCAAACUGUUCGCUGGGCACAGCAGGAAAAGGAUCUUUUUGAAAAAGGACUGACACAGUUUGGUCGAAGAUGGACCAAGAUAGCAAAAAUGAUUGGCAGUCGCAGUGUUUUGCAGGUGAAGAGCUAUGCAAGGCAGUACUUUAAAAAGAUGACAAAGACUGAAAAUUCCCUCAAACAGAGUUCAGGCGCUUCUAUUCAGGAUUCAUCAAAUGGCGAUGUGGUAGGCAAUAAGCCCAACUCCUUGAGGGCUGUGGAGAACCAAAUUGUUGCCCUGCCUAAUGCAGUCAGAAUUGAGAGAUUGUCAGAUGAUGAAGAUGUGGAUAUCACUGAUGACACAGAUCAGGACACAACUUUGCCAGCCUGCAAGACCGAAUCCCAUCAUCUGGAGCAGGGAUGCAUGGAGGACCUAGACAGCACAACCCAUGAGGAGGCAAAGAGGAGCCCUGGAUCAACUUCCAAAUGCCAAAAAGAGACUCCCAGCUGCUCCUCAGACGAGUACUAUACUCACCACCUUUUCUCUACAACAUCUGUCCUUGGCAGUUCAGAGCACAGACCUACAGCAAAACAGCUUAGGAAUUCAGAUCUGUUUCAGUAUGACACAGAGUCAGAAAAAGAAACUGGAGAAGAGACUGAGGAACGGGAGUUAAGGGCAGGCAGCCCAGGAUUACAGAAGGAGAAUGAGAUUGUAGAAGGUUUGGGACAGUCACUGCUUGAAAGCGAAUUUGCUGACAUUGCAGAUCCAACACAACGGCUUGCAGGGUCGGAGGAAGGCCUAGAUGAAGAAGAAGAGUUAAAAGCCCCCGAACAAGAAGUGGAGUUGGACCCAAACAUCAUUACAGAUGAGGAGAAACAUGCCAUUGCAGAGUUCUUUGAAGGUCGGCCUUCUAAGACGCCUGAGCGCUACCUCAAAAUUAGGAACUACAUCCUAGAGCAGUGGGUGAAAAGUAAACCCAAAUACCUAAACAAGACCUCAGUGCGGCCUGGCCUGAAGAACUGUGGUGAUGUGAACUGUAUUGGAAGGAUCCACACCUAUUUGGAGCUUAUAGGAGCCAUUAACUUCAACUGUGAACAGGCGAUCUAUAACAGACCAAGAACAGUGGAUAAGUCACGUCUGAAAGAAGGAAGGGAUGCUCUAGUGGCUUACCAGCUGGCUCAAAGACUGCAGUCUAUGCGAACAAGAAAACGUCGUGUACGAGACAUGUGGGGUAACUGGUGUGAUGCCAGGGACCUAGAAGGACAGACAUUUGAGCACCUGAGUGCUGAGGAACUUGCCAGGAGGAGAGAGGAGAACAAGAGAAGACUCCCCAAGCCCAGUAAAGUUCCACGACAAACCAAAGGUACCUUUGACCCUUUCCAACUAAUUCCCUGUCAGUCUUUUGGAGAGGAAAAGCAGGAGCCUUUCCAGGUGGUGGUGUCUGCAGAAGCACUCAUUGUUAUGGAUAUGCACGCUCAUGUGUCCAUGGGUGAGGUCAUUGGGCUGCUUGGAGGAGGAUACACUGAAAGCACAAGGGUUCUCAAGAUAUGUGCCGCAGAGCCUUGUAACAGCCUAAGCACCGGGCUGCAGUGUGAGAUGGAUCCAGUCUCUCAGACCCAGGCCUCUGAGGCGCUAGCAGGGAGAGGGUACAAUGUUGUGGGCUGGUACCACUCUCACCCUGCCUUCGACCCAGAUCCCUCCCUCAGAGACAUUGAUACACAGACCAAAUUUCAGAGUUACUUCUUCAGAGGAGGUGCUCAGUUUAUAGGAAUGAUCAUCAGUCCCUAUAAUCCCACCAACACUUCUCCACAUUCCCAGGUCACUUGUCUCGUUGUGAGUGAGGAGCUCAGCCCCAUCGGCUUACACAAGCUUCCUUUUAAAUUUGAAAUUCACCAUUCUUCAGAGGAGCCAGAUUGGUCUCUGGUGUUGAAGAAGGCAGAGUGGAUCAUUGAGAAGUACAGACUGUCACAUGGAAGUGUACCAAUGGACAGGCUUUUCCAUAGGGAUUCUGAUCUUACCUGUUUAGAGAAAAUGUUGGCUUCAAUGCGAAAGUCUCUGGAGUUUCUUCAGGACACCACCGUGACCAGUUUCCUGGCCCAGAUUGAGACUCUGUUCCUCUCACAGUUUGCAGCUGAAAGCAAGAGCACAGAAACACAAGAAAUAGAACCCACAAGUUAUAAUGUACAGACACCUAGCACUGAGUAGGUGUAGUAUUGUUAAUAUCUGUGAAAAUAUGUUCCACCUCUGGCCCUCCCUCCAUAUUUAUAAAUUUGUGGAUUUUUCCUACUAACCCAGCCAUUACUUAUUUGUGUAACUUGGACUUUCACUAUCUUCCCCUAUUUGUCCUGUUAUAUAGUUUAAUGUUCGUAGGGGAAUAUUAUGAACAGUAUAACUGUCAAUAUAAAGGCAACCAUAUUUGCUGACCAUUUUACAUUUUAAAUAGUUAAGAAAAAUACACAGCACUUUUGAUAUUAUGCAGUAGAUACAAACAAACAUACAAGUAUUUUCUGCCUUUUAUCACCAUAAUUUAGCCAGCCCAGUGAGACACCACAGAGCUGCAGGCAGGCCUUCCCAUUGUUGCCUCUGGUUCAGUUUUCACCUCCAUCAUUGUUCUUGAACUAUACACUUUGCUUACGUGAUGAUGUGGAUACACUUUUCCCAUUAGUUUGUAAGAUUUCAUCUGGUUUCAGUGCAACACUGAAUUAAAGAAUUUUGCUGAGCAACCAUGUCGACCCAGUUUUUCAGAUAGUGGAAAAGGAUUCCACCAGAGCAUCUGACUAGGUUACUUAAAUACAUGUGUUUGGCAGAGGACAAUGUCCAGAUUACAUAUAGUAAUCACCAGGGAACUAGGGUGCAACAAAUAAAUCCUAUAUAUAAGAAUAGGUUCAUUAUAUUAAAUAUUUUCUUUCCAGUAUUAAUACCUUUUAAGAAAAGUGUUAUGUAGGUUAAGAUAAGAUCACUUUAUUGGCCAUAUACAGUUUCUUGUAUUAGGAAUUUAUCUUUUUGCAUACCCCAACUUGCUCUCCAUGAGACACACAGACAGGGAGAGAAGCUUGGGGUAGGUUAUCAUGCAUGGUGAAAAUUCUCAGUUUGCCAUCUGUGGUUUAUAAGAUAAAUACCAGUAUUUACAGGUGGGGGGGCAUGCACUAUUUCUUCUGUAUUUUGUAUAUCUAAGUUCUGUAUUAUCACUGAUAAUUCUGGACAUUAUAUAAUAUCAGAGCCAAAUAUCUGUUAAUACAAAUUAAUAAAAUAUUUGAAAAACGUG